AUGGAGGCUAGGGUUACACGCCUUCACCCCUGCUGGGAUUUCGAGUUUGAGGACUUGUACAAGGACAACCACAUUGACCAUAAAAAUUGCACCACCCUCGUCAGCCUUAAGCACGAAAAGCUCGAGAUCAACCCCUUCGAGGCUGGCAACGCCUCAGACGAGGAUUUGACGACUGCCAUAUCCGGCAAGCUAUCUUGCCUAAGCGUGCCAGCCGCGAUUCGUCAGUGGAUGACAGAUAAAAUAAUGAACGAUGCCUCUUUCUAUUUGUUGGUUACCAGCGGUGGUACCGGGCAUAAGGUUUUGAAUCUUUCGGUGUUCAUCAAUGUUCAUGUUGUUGACACUUACGUGUGGAACGAUGACAUGGGGGAGGCCAGAUUAGAAUUCAUGCCGUGGUCGAAAAAAUUGUGGGUUGAGAAUAAGUUGGAGAGGGUGAGAGAAGUACAAGUUUCGACUGUGUGUUCGAUUUGUAUGGAGGAGAUUGUGGUUGGUUCGGAAGGGACUUGUAUGCCAUGUUCUCAUCUUUUUCAUGGAGCUUGCAUUCUCAAGUGGCUGGACAAAAGCAGGUCUUUUCCAUUGUGUCGAUUUUCCAUGCCUACUUUGAUGCAUGAAGAGAGAGGUGUGAAGAGAUGA